CCGCAACUCACCGACUCACCGCCCGCACGAAGCCGCCGAUUCAUCGACUCACCGAUUCGCAGACGCUGCAUCAGUAACACGUCGCAACUCGCUUUGCUUUCCCCUUCUGGUGUUAUUUGAGCAGUUCAUAUCUUGUCUCCGAGUUUAUUUAAACGGAGCUCUUGCCAUCAUUCUCCAAGCUUCUUCAGCUCUGCUUUGGCGUCCUUUGCCGACAGAAAAACUAAAAUGUUUGGCAAAGAUUUUUUCACCGAAUAUGGCGAAGCAAGUCAAUAUGAAAUAAAGGAAGUAGUUGGCAAAGGAAGUUAUGGUGUGGUUGCGUCUGCUAUCGAUACUCACACUGGAGAGAAGGUAGCCAUCAAGAAGAUGGCCAAUAUCUUCGAGCACACCUCUGACUCCACAAGGAUCCUUAGAGAGAUCAAACUUCUAAGGCUGCUGCGCCACCCAGACAUAGUUCAGAUUAAACACAUAAUGCUUCCUCCAUGUCGAAGAGAAUUCAAAGAUAUAUUUGUUGUUUUUGAGUUGAUGGAAUCUGAUCUUCAUCAUGUUAUAAAAAUAAACGAUGAUCUCACACCCGAGCAUCAUCAAUUUUUCUUGUACCAGCUUCUUCGGGGUCUGAAAUACAUUCACACAGCUCAUGUUUUCCAUAGAGAUUUGAAGCCAAAAAAUAUACUUGCUAACUCGGAUUGCAAAUUGAAGCUUUGUGAUUUUGGACUUGCUCGGGUGUCAUUUACUGAUGUUCCUUCUGCUAUAUUUUGGACCGAUUAUGUGGCAACUCGAUGGUAUCGUGCUCCUGAACUAUGCGGUUCAUUUUUCUCCAAGUACACACCUGCGGUCGAUAUUUGGAGUGUAGGAUGUAUAUUUGCUGAGUUGAUUACUGGAAAACCAUUGUUUCCCGGGAAGAAUGUGGUGGAUCAGUUGGAUCUUGUGACUGAUUUGCUUGGCACUCCCUCUGCUAAAACAAUCGCAAGGAUUAAGAAUGAAAAAGCUAGAAAUUAUUUGAAUAGCUUAAGAAAAAAGAAACCAAUUCCUUUCACGGAAAAAUUCCCAAAUAAGGAUCCAUUGGCCCUCAAAUUACUUGAGCGUCUGAUUGCAUUCGAUCCCAAUGAUCGUCCAACUGCAGAAGAGGCAUUAGCUGAUCCAUAUUUCCAUGGAUUGGCAAAUCUGGACAAUGAACCAUCCAUGGAACCCAUUUCAAAAUUGGAAUUUGAGUUUGAAAGAAGGAAAUUGUCAGAAGAUGAUGUCCGAGAGCUAAUUUACAGAGAGAUAUUAGAGUACCAUCCACAGAUGCUUCAGGAAUACCUUCAAGGCAAAGAUCAUAUUAGCUUCAUGUAUCCAAGCGGAGUUGAUCGGUAUAGGCAACAAUUUGAAUGUCUUGAGGGCAAAAAUGAAAGAGGCAUUGUGCUGAGAAGGAAAUAUGCAUCUUUGCCUAGGGAGCGAGUCUGCAAUGAUGAUAACGAUGACAUUGACCAAUCAGAAAAACGUUCAGCUGCUUCUGCUAAUCGUGCAACCCUUCAGAGCCCUACAAAGUUGCAAGGAUGCAGGGAACAGGAAUCUGCCAACCAAAAUGUGCCCGGGACUCCAAAAGCCUCUUGCAAACCUACACAAAAUGGCCAUCGCUUGUUGAGAAGCGAAAGCAUCAGUGCUUCCAGGUGUGUGGGUGUCAUUAGAAAACCUCAUGGGGUUCACAGAGAAGUGCAGAAACUGGUUGCUUGACAUGCUCGGAAACUUGCAAAUGUUCAACAAAGAUCUGCCGGUUCAUGUUUUCUUUUGCUAUGCGCAUGACAUUCCUUUGGAGGUUCCUAGUCCCUCUUAAUCAAACCAAAUAUGUUGGACUUUCCUCUCUGUUGUAAACUGGACAAGGAAAAAAGUAGUAUGACUUAUGGUUUAGUUUAGAAGCUAUUUAAGGCAGGAGAUCUUGCGAUGACAAAUUGGGUCAUUUCUCAAUAGUUCACAGGAUUCAACUACUGCACUAAACAAAUGUAUCAAACAAUUUAAUUAGAGGCACAUUCUGCCCUUUUUAUUGUACAUAUCAAACCAAUGUCAUAUUUAUAAACAUGAAACAUGCAAUUCUACUUCAA